AUGGCUUCCGGCACCCCGGCCUCUCCAAAAGCAGCAGACGCGGCUCGGUUUCUGCCCGAGUUCCUGACGGGCGGUUUACCCGAUGGGGCGGGACGGCCGAUACCCGAUUUGCGUGGCCACACAGUCUGCGUGUGGGAAUUUUGGGCACUACUUGCAGGUCAGAGUUGGUUAUGUGCUGAAACUUGUCCUGAGAGUCAAAAUCUGACUUCUCAGGCUCUUCAUUUGUUCCUUUUGAUUGCAGGAGGAUCUCCCCCACAACCAGUAGUCCCUACACAUAAAGAUAAAAGUGGUGCUCCACCAGUUAGAAGCCUAUAUGACGAAUUGUCUAGUCCUGGGCUUGGAUCAACACCUCUAGGCUCAAGAAUACCAGCCAGCUUUUCUAUAACACAGAGCCCCUUGGUUGGAAGUAUGCCAUCAACUCCUGGAACAGCUUCAAGUGCGUUCAGUCCUGCAAGUGUUGGGCAGCCUAGGAAGACGACGCUUUCUCCUGCUCAGCUAGAUCCUUUUUAUACUCAGGGUGAUUCCCUGACUUCAGAGGAUCAGCUUGAUGGCACGUGGGUAACUGUAUUUGGAUUUCCUCAAGCAUCAGCUUCCUAUAUUCUUCUACAAUUUGCUCAGUAUGGAAACAUAUUAAAGCAUGUGAUGUCCAACACAGGAAACUGGAUGCAUAUUCGCUAUCAGUCUAAGCUUCAAGCCCGGAAAGCCUUAAGCAAAGAUGGAAGAAUUUUUGGUGAAUCUAUCAUGAUUGGUGUCAAGCCGUGUAUAGAUAAAACUGUGAUGACAAACUUUGACAGAAGCUCUACAUCCUCCAUGUCUUCAGUUUUAAUUCCACCUACAAAAUGCGUCUCCAGCACACCAGUACAGCCUGCAAAUUAUACGACGAGGUUUCCCACAAUGAGACCUCUUGCACCACCAUAUAAAGCCUUCGCUAGUGACUACCAGGUGUUUUUGAAUGGAGAAACUCCUAGGAAAGGUGAAAGUAUUGCAUCUUAAAUAAUGGAAUAUGUGUUUGGCUGUUAAUAUACAGGAGGAAGUAAUACACAAAGUUGUUCAGGGUUUGAAGUAGGCUACUGGCAUCUGUGGUUAGUUGUAUAACUGCUGGUGGCAGUAUUUUAACUUCCAUCUCACCUGUUAUGCCUUCAGUUAAUUCAGCAGACAUGUAGCUUGCACUGUAAAGGACGGUAAUGUAGACAUGAUUUUAAAAACUGAGUACGUGUAAAGAGAAGU